UAGGAGCGGAGACUAUUUAGUCCCACCUGCGAAUUUCCUUGUCAGUCUCCCACAGCGCGUCCGCGGAACAUGUUCGUGUCUGCUGGACUAUCGUAAAUUCACCGAAGAAUGAAUAGAUUCCCAGUUGUCAUUUCUGUUUUGAUUGGUUUGUUUGCAUCCACUGCCUCAUUUCCUUGGGCUGACCUCGACUUGCCUAUCAGGACCCAGCGGGAAGUCCGCUGCAGAGAUGAGGAGUACCGCAGCGGCAACAUCUGCUGCUUAAACUGCCCAGCUGGUACCCAUCGGAAGUCGGCCUGCACUACGCCAGGUGAAAAGGGGCAGUGCGAGGAAUGUGAAGAUGGAACACACACUCAGCAUGCCAAUCACCUCACACAAUGUAUCCCAUGCACCCUGUGUCAUUCAGAUCAGGUGAUUUUCCGGCCUUGCAGUCACACCCAAGACGCUGAAUGUCACUGCAAAGCAGGACUAUUCUGUGACCCUGACCAAGCAUGUGAGACGUGCAUAAAGUGUUCAAGGUGCGAGAAGGAUGAAGAGGUUGUUCGUAACUGCACUGCUACCUCCAACACGGAGUGCAAGAAAAUACCAACGCAGUCAAACUCUUCCUCAGGUAUCGUGGAAGCCAUUGCCAUAAUUGUAAGUGUGUUGGUCGUGUUAGGAAUUGUCGGUGCACUCAUUUUCUGCUGUAUGAAGAAACGAGCAAGAGGUUCUGUUGGAAAUGAGUCGAAAGUAGAGCUGCACGUGCAAGAGGGGAGAAAUGAACAAACCCAAAGGGGAUGCUCUGGUCUCAUCUUUGCUCAGUCACUGGUGAGAGUUCAAAGCGCAUCCGCUACGGUGGAUGAGUGUCAAGCGCUGUGUGAAAGCCGCAACAGCUCUGCCAGCAGCUCCCAACAAAAUCUAACCAGCCUGCCCCCUGCCCUUGCCACCCUUGCCGCCCCUGCCCAACGAGCCUAUCAGCCCGAUUUGAGGGAGGAUGAGCCUUUUCCCGAACUGAUUCCUGUAAAUGGUGUAGACUCUCUCAGGAAGUGUUUCGAGUAUUUUGAGGAAGUGGAUAUCGACUUCUACAAUAGGUUCUUCCGUCAACUUGACCUACACGGCAAUGUGAUCAGAAGCAAAGAUCAACUUCCCUACGAAGACAGGAUUCACGAGUUACUGAACGUUUGGGUUGAGAAGGAGGGCAAAGACGCAAGUUUAAAUGACCUGCUAAAAGCAUUGCUUAAGUUUGAUCAAAGACGAACAGCUGAGACAAUCAAGGAAAAAGCCCUGGAAAAUGGUCAUUAUGUUUUAGCAAGCAAGUCAUUUUAACUUGUUUGAAGUUACUCCGCAUCCGUCUGAUUGUAUUAUAUUAGAUGUGAUGUAUAGUUUUGUGCACUUGACUGCAUUGUAACUGAAGUUGUAUGUCUUGUAAGCCUUUGAAGACAUGCACAGGUAUAGUUAUCCUGUACAGUACUGAUUGGCACUGCAGUCUUUUCUGCUGGUUUGAUCACACUGAGCAACAGAACAAAUAUGCGUGGAGUGGCGUGAAUGCAUUUCAGCUGCAACUUGUACUCAAAUGUCUGUUGAAAGUUUUUCAAUGAACUAUCACAAGUAUUUUGUUCAUUUUGUAUCAUGACUGUGACAUUGACUUUUAGAUGCCUCAACUUUUGGGGCCAGUCAAAUGAACACGUGGUCACUGGAUUAAGUUGCAAGAGGGAAUUUUUUUUAAAUGUCCUUUCUUGUGAGUUUUAUGGGAAGUGGACAAAGUUUUACAAUGGCUUUUGUCUCAUAAAACCUUGGCUUCAAUUACUGCUAGUGAUGGACAAAGGUGAAAUUACAUGUAUGCAUCAUGGCCGUUUCACCGAAUUGUGUCCGUUACUCCAGUCACCUGAAACACACCUGAUUGAUCAAGUUUUGCGAAUGCCCGAUAAUGAAUCUGGUGAUUUGUAUCGAUGUGUUGCAGUCUUGAGGACCCGACUUCAAAAUUCCACAAGCAAAGAAUGUGGCUUGCUUUUUGGUCAGUAUUUUGACUUUGAAUAUGAAAUGUUGCCUAUUUUAACUUGUUCGUUGAGUUUAGAGCACAUAUUCAUACUCAAUGGAUGAAGGAGGGAAGUUUCUCAAUGGGCACUGUGAAGACUUUUGUGAAGCUGCUUUAUGUAGUUUUUUUGAAGGUGUGUUAAUGACUAACCCUUUCCUACAAUUGUUAAAUGUUUUUAAGGGCUUUCAGUGUCAGGAUAAAAUGUUAAGUUAUAUCAUGCUGCUAUGUAUGUUGUACGUACAAUAUCUCUCGGACAGUCGUACUCUCCGAGUGACCGCCGCCGAUGAUGAUGAUCUCUAGAGUUUGAUGAAAUUGCACAUUUAAAGUUAUUCUAUUUAUGCAAAGUCCAGACUCGGUGUUAGCUUCAUUUUAAAAUAUUGUUUGAAGCUUUUGAAAUAGUUCUCCAUUAUUGGAUUGUAAUUGUUUCAUAUUUAUAACUCUCUUGUUUUAUUUUCAAGAGCUGUUGUUGAAAUGGGCCAAUGUGUUUGGCUCAAUAAAGAUGUUUAUAACUCUCUUGUUUUAUUUUCAAGAGCUGUUGUUGAAAUGGGCCAAUGUGUUUGGCUCAAUAAAGAUGUUUAUAAAAUUGUACAAUAGACUGAUUUUUUUUUUUUUUUUUUUUUAGAGCUCGGAAAUCACCACAAAAAAAAUUAACUUGCUUUCUGAAUAUGACUAAUUGUGUCAAUAGAUAUAUUGGAUAUUUGAUCUUUGGCUUUAGGUACUGUUUUGUUUUCUGAUCAUACCGAUAAUUAUUAACUGGGGUGUGCCUUAAAAAUGAAUCUUUAACCAAGUGACUCAACCGGGGUUGGGCAUAUUGUUCUUCUCCCUGUGCAGCACUCCCUUGACAGGGCUCGUGCUUAUUUGUUAAACGGGUCUUUUGGUAUUUCCCUUGAUGUAAGCAUUGGUUUAUGGGCAUGUAUAACGAUGACUAACUGAUUGACUAUGUCUCAAGUACGCAAAUGUUUUGUUUUUCAAGCAUUUACCUGAAAUACAUUAAUUUUCUUUUUCCAAUAAAAUAUGUGCCAAUUACA